AUGGACGGCCCUCCGCCCCCUCCCCCGCCGCACGGCGAGAACCCUCACACCACUGACGGCGAAUACCGUAAAUCGUCCGAUCUACCGCCCGGAAACUACGACAUCUUCAUCGUCCCGCCGCACUCAUCCGGCGGCGGCUUCCUAUACCUCCCCUCGCUACAAUGCCACCGCAACAGCUUCCUCGCCGGCGCUGCAAGCACACUUCUUGUGGUCAUACUAUGGUCUCUGGUCGCUCCCACCGUCAAAACAUGGUAUAUCGCUUCGGUCUCCAACGGCCCCGGAGGAAUGGGAAUGAUGGUGGUCGCACUUGGUUUAGGCGUUGCUGGUUGGGCAUUUGGAAUGUCUCAAUCUAACUCCCGGGGAGAUGGCGACAACAAUGGCAAUGGCAAUGGUAGUGGUGGCCGAUUCGGCGGUGGCUUCUCUGGCGGUGCUGGACGCAAUGCCAAUGACCAGUCUUCCGGUUCCAACCGCAACAGCGGCUCCAAUUUCGGCGGUAAUGGGUCAGGACAUCGACAACAACGAAGCGGAAACUUUGGCGGGGGCCAGUAUGGCAACCAGUAUGCUGGCAAUCAACACGGCACCGAGGCGCCCCCAAACGCGGAAGAUGAGGAGAACGGGAAAGAAAAAGAGCGCGAGAGAGAACGAGAAAGAGAAAAGGAAAAAGAACGCCAAAAGGAGAAGGAGAGGGAAGACCGAAAGAAGGCUGAAACGGAGCGCGAACGUGAAGAAGCCAAGCGCAAAGAGGACCUCCGUCGCAAGAUGGAGGAAUUCAAACGCAAGCGUGACGCCGAAGCCAAGGAGAAGGAGAGAAAGAGGGAACGCGAAGCCAUGGAGAAAGAACUUAAGGAGCGUCGAGAGCAAUUGGAACGUGAAAUGGCUGCGGCUAGGGACAAAGCAGAGAAAGAGGCACGCGAGCGACUGGAGAGAGAAGCCGCCGAGGCACGCGCAAAGCAGGCAAAAGCAGCCGCUGAUGCAAAAGCCGAAACUGACAGGCUCGCGAAAGAAGCUAAAGAGAAAGCCGACAAACUGGCCGCCGAGGCAAAGGAGAAGGCUGCCAAGGAGGCUGCUGAGAAGGAAGCAGCAGCCAAGGAGAAGGCGCAGAAGGAGGCCAUGGCAAAAUUCGCUGCUCUCAAAGAAGCGGCCGCUAAGCGCUACGCAGAGAAGAAGGCCCAGGAGGCCAAAAGCAAGGCCCAGCAGCCUGCGGCUCCUGCCAGCGCAACUAGCGCACCCAGGACACCUUCUCCAAAGAAGCAGCCACCCUUUCCAACCGCCAACACAACCAUCGAAGACGAUGCGUAUUCCUUUCGGCCUUACGAUCGUCCACGGCGCCCGUAUGGGAAGGAAUCUGGGUCUGGUUCUGCGUACUCCGAGUCAUCAUAUGCUCCGUCGCAGUCAACAGCUCGCACGACACCUCCGCCUUCACAUCGCAGCACAUAUUCCACCAAGGAUCCUGAUAAGAUCGUGAUCCAGGGUGUUUAUCAGUUUAACAAUGCCUUCAUGAAGACUCCAGUUGCACAAUUGGUCUCUGGACAAGGCAUGGUGACCGAUGGUCUUGUCCUACGCAUGACAACAGAAGGUCUUUUCGUCGAUGACGAUCUUCGUGGCGUCGGCCAACGCGAAUGGGACGUCAAAGCAUGGACCUUGAAGUUGGCUGAAAUCUGGUGUCCCCAGGUAGGAUCCAACAAUCAAACCCCCAAGCCCGGUUCCAGCAACCCAUUCUCUUUCCGUCGCGGCGCAUCGGCGAACUCGAUGCCCACCAACGAAGAAUCCGAAGCCUUCGCCACCAACCUUCUCAAGGUUUGCAAAAACACCUGCCGACUGGCAUCCCCAAGCGCCUGCUUCGCCCGGGGCUCUAACGCAAGUGGCGGUGGACCAGUCCAGCCGCCACAGGCUGAGUUCCGGGGCCUCCACAUUCUCCGCGCUAGUAUUCGCGAUCAAGAGGGCAAGAAAUAUGUGUUUGUCCUGCAGGACACUGAAGCAUGGAAGCUUGCCAUGGGUCUCCAGCGCCUGCGCGGUGGAGCCCUCGUUCGUGCCUUGGGCGUCUCGGCACUUCCAGUCCCCGAAUGCAAGAGCAUCCUCGGCGGACUCGGCUAUAUUUAA